GAAGAGAUAUUUAUCAUCACAGUUUAGUUAUUUCGAAGAAAAUGAAUACGAUUUCCACUUUACUGAUGAUAACCCUGCGUCAAAAAUCUGUAAAGAUGAAGACUAUGCUCAUCACGACUUCGAAGAGCACUACAAUCCAGUCACAUCAAGUAUGAGUCAUUUUCAACAUCAUGAAGCGGUAUCAAGUAACUUGGAUUUACUUUUUCCAUACAGUUUAGAAGAACCAUGGGAUUAUGCUGAAGAUUUACGUAAAAUAGAUGAAGAUAUUUAUAGACGUACAUCUACUCCAAGUACUACUGUUAGUUAUGGAAUUAUGGAAGAAAAAGGUAGACUGAUCGAUACAAGUAAAUCGGUAAUUACACAAAGUGUGGGAUUAAAUGAAAGCGAAUAUGUAAAUAGUGUUAUACAGUCAUCAAUUAGUGAUUAUGAAAAUAUACAUUGUUCAGAUGAACAAACUGCUGGUACAUCACACUUUCAUACUACUCAAGCUUCAAUGAAUGAUGCAUAUUUAAAUUGGUUAAAUGAUAUGAAGUCAAAUUACUUUUACGAUCAACAAGAUACCUUUAGGAGAGAUGAUUACAACAGCAGCAGUACUGGUUCCACCAUUGCAACUUCUAUUGCUGAACAGAAUGUCAUAUUAAAACGUUGUCCGAAUUUUGAAAAUAUAAGUUGCUUGUCUAGUGUCCCUGGUAUCCAACUAACACAUCAUGAUAGUGAUCUGCAAGGCAAGUCAAUGAUUUCAUGUGAAAUGCAUGAUGAGAAGGAAGAUAUAGAAGUAAAUAGUGAUAAGCCAACUAAAAUAUGGGGUAGAGAAUAUCGUGACAGAGCACAGAUAACUGAUUCUUCCACAUGUGUCACGAACAUAUACGAUGAUAUUCAACCAGAAUUGGAAAUUUGGUCCAAUAUUUUUAAUACCUCUGAAAUGGUUGUUGAUACAGCUAGGGAGAUCUCUACGCAACUGAAUCUUUUGAGCGCAUUAGAAGAAGGAGAAGGAAGGGAAAAAACAGAAGGUGUAAGACACAAUAUUGAUGAAAAUUUUAGAGAAACUGCAGCGAGCAAAUCUUCAGUAUCAUCAGCGCCGACUGAAGUAGCAACAACAAUAACGACAACAACAACACGUCCAGAAGACACUGAACCAAACGUUUCGUUUGAUAAUGAAAAAAAAGAAUUCAUGGAAUAUGGGAAGACUUUGUUAAGUUAUUCCUCUCCUUGUGAGUCAGUUCCAGUCCCAAGAACACAACAGUUGAGGUCGUUUAACACCGAAGAGGAAACCCCACAUUUGGAAUCUCUACCUUGUGUUACAGAUAAUACAUUUUUUAAAAUGACAUGCAGGAACACCGAAUCAGUCGACGACAAUGAUAGCUCUCCUCAAGCGACAGUAGGUGUGUCAAGCCAAGGCAGACGAGAAGCAUUUAAUGAGCAUGCCAAAUUUCAAACAGUUGAAGAUCGAUCCAUAUACACAUUGCUGCCUAAUGACGAAAUAAUGCAGGCUAAUGAAGAAAGGGAAGAAAAAUUUCAAAAAACAGAAGACUUAUGCCAUCUAGACAAAUUUGAGUUAUGUGAACACGUGACACCUGAGCAUAUCUCUCCACUAUUGGACAAUUACUCUGCCUAUACAAUAAACCAAGGGAAUAAUAAUAGUAUGAGUGAGAAGGAUAUUUUGAAAGAAACUCUCUAUCCGGACAAAAAUCAAAUGCAUACAUGUGUAGACUCUAACCAACCGUCAUUGAUUAAAUUUUCAGAGGAAGACAGAAAUAUGAAAAUAACCAAUCAGGAAGAGGUAAGGCAAUCUAGUACACAGUUAGAUGAAAUAUCCCAUCCCACUACUGUAGGUCAUGAUUCUGAUCAAUGCUUAAAAUAUCUUAUUGAUCAAUCCAAUUAUAAAAACUCACGGUCGUCGUUUUAUGCAUUCGAUUGUUUAAAUUUACCUAAAGAUGCAUUUCAAGAAGAGUCGAAUUCAAUUUUCAAUGGACAGUACAUAACUGACAAUCAGUUGAGUCAAACACCCAAAAUUUUGAAUGAUGAGUUAAACUCAGGAACAAGUACUCAUUUAAAGCCAGAUGAUUUAUCUGAAAAAUCUUUGGAAAAUUUAUCUUAUAUCCCGGAAAAUAAAUCUCGUGAAACCAGUACAACUAACAGUGAAAUUUCUAAUAUAAAACCAGACACCUUUCAGUUAAGUGCAAAGCAAAAAUUCACUACACCUCUGACAAAACCAUCUUAUUGUUCUAGUGAGAAAACACUAAAACGAGCUCAAUUUAUUCUUUCCAGCUCACCUGUUAAUGAACCAGAUCCGACAGAUACGCUUCUCGCUUUAACAGACAAUAAUACCACUACCAGUAGUAAUAAUUUUAGUCUUAUAUGUGAAAAAGACUUAUCAAAAUCAUCAAUCAAAAAUUACUUCCUUUCAUUAUCUUGUCCACAGUCAUUGAGUAGUCAAUUUACAGAGGAAAAUAACACUAAUUUUGAUGCCUUAUCGGAAUGUAGCAGUUUCUCUUUACAUGUACCUAUCGCAUAUUCAAAGCAAAACGAAACUGGAUCAAAUGAAUCACAGUUGUCAUCAUUAUCAAAUUUUGAAGAGUAUUUUGCUAACAGACACUUAUGGGAACCCUUCCAUUCUCAUUGGUAUAUACAUAUUUUAAAGCGUAUAAAACAGGAGACAUUAUUGACUUCUAUUCCUGAGCAAAUAAGUGAUAUUGAAAAUAUUCACAUGGAGUAUAUGUCUUCAUCGUCCAGUUCCCGUGGUUCCUACUUUUUGCCUCAAAGGAGAAGGCCGCAUUCAUCAACCUAUAGUUAUGAAGUAAACAAUUUAGGAGAUGACUUACCUGCAGCAUAUGAAAGCCCGAAUUCCUCUUCAUCAGCUGCCUAUUCAGGACCAUCUUAUAGUCACAAGUCACUUCAUGAUGUUUAUCCAGAUAGAUUUAUUAGGCCAUCUGAUUAUCCUGAAUCCAGUCGGACAUAUAAUAGGAUGUCUUCCAAAAGCAGUCUUAAACAUCAUUAUGAUAGCCGUCCUUACCGAUCGUAUUCCGAAGCAGGAGCAUUACUUCAGCAGAAAGAUAAGUCCAGUUUAGUAUCUGCAAUACGUCAUGAUCGUCGAGGUAAACUAGGACUUGUCCAACCUUCAGGUCGUUUUAAACAUGUGAGAUCAGGUGAAGUUGAAAUGGCUUUACAACAAAGAAUUCUGAAAGAGACCAGUCGAGGAAUUAAACCACUGUCUAGCAGAAACUCAGAAAGACCACAGGAUUCUAUGUACACAUCUCGUUUCAGCAAAGCCUAUCAAGACAGUGAAACAAGUUUUCGACUAAGAAGACAACCCUUAAGGAGUUCCACGCCAACUUACAGGGCUGCGCCAAUUCCACAAACAAGAUGGUCCAAUGAUUCUGCUUACUUGGAGGCUGGAUCCUACUAUUCCCUUCCACUUCAUGACUAUCACAGGCGAGGAACAAGGCAUUCUCGACCUUCUUCCAUAACUAAACGUCAUGCUCCAUUAAAUACAGAUGUUUCAGUGCAUCGAAGAAUGUUUUCAGAUGACUGGGGUAAAGCUGACAGUGUAUCACAAAAUAUUGGGAAAUUUUCAAAAUCCACUGGUCAGUUAAGUCAAUUAGAUGAUUUAGGAAAAAUUUCAGGAUGUACUUCUAUGCAAACUUUAAGAGCUCGGCUGGCUGCUGCACAUUCAGAAUUUAACCUUGAUGAUGAAGAAAACUUGUCAGAUUCAUUUCAGUCACAUAAACUUAAAAGUGACAGGUUCGGUUCACUUGAUCGUCAUGCUGAUUCACGUGACUUCACUACAAGACAGCUUAGAAGGCAAGUAGAACAACACCAUCGUCGUCUGUUGAAAAGUUUGAUGUCUGAUGAACCACUUGAACCCAGUUGGCCAUCAAGUUUUUCAACUCUUAACAUUCAUAAUUACUUGAAUGUGAAAAAUGCAUAUACUGACAGUUCUGAAAUGCGACCAACAACUCUUAUUUCUUCUACAUUAGCACCACCAAUAUUCUCUACUGCAGCAACCAGGCUUCCACUAAAUAUUGAACAAGGAAGAAUUGAAGGUGUUUUAUCUGAACCUUUACAUUAUAUAUCCACAAACGAGCAACCUCCCUCUAUGCCAAAUAUCUUAACUACAUCGAAUCUGAACUCUGUUAGCCCUAACCAAUUGCCUUUAAUUAACAAUAUAAGUGAAAAUGCAGAUAGUACCUCAAUGCAUGGAAACUCUACAUCAGCAUCUGUCAGUCAACCACUGACAGUGACAAACAAUUCAUUGAUGGAACUAAUUAAUAAUCCUGAACUUUUACAAGCUCUUUCUUAUAAUCCGUCGCUUGUUAAUCAGAUUAAUUCAAUGUGCCUAGAUCUUGCACCUUCGGAUUUAAAUCAAGUGACACUAGCAGCUGUAGCUGGUGCAAUUGCUGCUACUGCUGUGGCUGGGUCUGGCAUGCUAGACAACAGUCAAACGGUUAACGAACAGGAUUUAAACAGUCUCCUACAAAAUUUGGCUGCUGUAGAUCAAAUGAAUGCUUUCACAUCUUCAGGAAAUCCUGUUUCAAAUGGUAACAGUUAUGUAAAUAAUCCUUCAAAUUUAAAUUCAACUUAUCUAAAUAACUUAAGUUUACCAAGUAGCACCACUAGUGGGAAUGCCAAUAUUCUUGGAAGUAAAACACCAGUUCCCUGCGAAGAUGUAACAAAUCCUGAUUCAAUCGAUGCAUUAAUAAAACAGGUACGAAAGUUACUAGAUGAACAAAACAAUAUUAACGCUAUGGAAACAUCUUUGGGACCAUCAGUGACUACUACAUCCACGAUUAAUAUGUCUUACGGUGAUCGUGUACCACCUUCAUACGCUUAUAAUUCAGGUCAACCAGCAAUGGUCCAGGAUAGGACGCAGAAUUUCAGUAAUAUUUAUCCCAAUAAUUUUCAAAAGUCUCCGGGAAAAAUACCAACUGAUCAAGUGUAUAAACAACAAUAUCCCUACAAAACUCCUAGUGAAACAAUAGAUAGUUGGCUUGGAUUAAGUGAAGAUGAAUGGAAUUCUAAAAGUCGCAAAGAUAAUACAAAAAUCUCUGAUUCUUGGACAAAUGCUACAAACACAUGGCCUGCAUACAGUUCGUUGCCCAGUACUAAAACCAGGUCAUCUGUGCCAACAACAAAGUGCACUUACGAUUUUCCUACAAAAAGGCUCCUGCUUAUGCGAGAAUCCAAGGAUCGACAUCACAAAGGAGGUGGAAUCGGUAUGAGAAUUGUUGGAGGACAUAUUCGAUCAGAUGGUAAUUUAGGAGCAUUUGUUGAAGAAAUCUAUCCCUCUGGACCAGCUGAUCAACUUCACGGAGAGAUAAAAGAAGGUGAUGAAAUACUUGAAUGGAAUUCUAUUCCUUUAGUUGGCAAAACAUUUGAAGAAGUGCAAGCGAUAAUUAGCCAAGUAUCUGAAGAAACAGAGCUGCUUGUCAGAGUCAGGGAUUAUGCACAGGGCGACGACGAAGAAGGUGAAGAUGACGGAGAAGACAUGGAAGAAGAUGAAGAAGAAGAGGAGGAUGAAGAAUACGAUGAAGAAUAUAUUGACGAUGAUGAAGAACAACAGGAUGAUGAAGAUACACAGUCUUUGGUGCGAAAUUGUGGUUCAGGGUCGAAUAGAAAUAGUGGACAAGGCAGUCGACCACAUGCAUUAUGUCACCAUCACGCAGCACAGCAUGCUUUAAUGAAUCAGGCCAAAGGACCUAUCUGUCCCCAUAUGCAUCAACACUAUUUGUCAAUUCCAUCAGGAGAUCGUACAUCUACAAGUCAAAUUACCCAUGAAUCGCAUAAACUGCAACUGCCCAGUGUGCGUGAUUCGACAGUAGAACAAAGUGGUGAAGUAAGAAGAUUGUCAUCUGGCAAAACUCAAAUCCCCUGGUUUGAAUCGAAUUCUCCCAUUAAGGCUGCUGGUCGACCAUCACCUUCAUCUAUACAAGAUUCGAGAGGUUUGAAGAAAUCUAUUGCUGCCGAUGGCAUUGAAAUGAAUAGUAUUAAACAGUCAUCUAAAGCAGCUCAUUUAGAUGGGCCGCGUGGAAGCCAUUCAUCACAUAAUGAUAAAGAAGAAGAAGACCCAAAUGAAUACGGUGAGAUUGAACUCAUCCUAACUUUUGAUGAUUAUGAUCAAAGUUUGACUGUACACGUUGCACGUGCACGUAAUCUUCCAUCAAUGGAUUUAAAUGGUUUAGCUGAUCCAUUUGUGAAAGUUCGCCUACAUCCAGAUCCAACAGAAGAUCCUGAUUUCAAUCGUCAAACAAAAUAUAUGCCAAAUACCUUAACACCAGAAUGGCAACAAACUGUAGUAUUUAUGAAUUGUAUAAAACGUACCCUGAAACGACGUGUACUUGAAGUGACUGUAUGGGAUUUCGACAGAUUGAAAACAAAUGAUUUUAUGGGACAAACAAUUAUUAAUCUCGGUGAUAAAGAAUACCUUGACGGUAAACCUCACUGGUUUAGUCUGCAUAAAUUAAUGCCAGUUGUCAUACCGACUUCUAAAAAGUCAGUGUCUUCGUCAAAAACAUCAUCUGAUAGUUCAAGGCAAGCUAAGAUUAAAUUCAAUCACAAAGAAUGAAUGCGUACAGUUCAAACUAUAUUUUCAAACACAAAAUGGUGCAUAUAUAUACAUCCACUGAUUUUGCAUAUUUCUUUAUAACUUUAAUUAGUAAACAAAUUAUCUGCUUAUUAUCCCAAAACAAAAACUGAAAACUACUUCUAAAAACCAGAUUAUAUCUUACAAAACUAUAUAUACAUAUACAUAUAUAUGCACAUAUAUUUAUAUAUAUAUAUAUAUCAGCCUAUGACGUAACGCAUACGUGAUGUAUGUACCUCUUCUAAGUGUAACUGUUACAGUCAUUCUUUCAUCUUCUUUCUUUCUUCUAAACCAAUAUAUACAUAUUCUAUUAUUUCUUUUACAACAUACUUCUUUAUAUCUUUACUAGUUAGUUAUCCUACUAAUGUUAUUCAAUCACUUCUCAUUGUUGGUAAAAUAGACGACAGAUUGAAUUUGCUACGCUUCACUUCACUUAUAUACUUUUGUUGUAUCUUAGCUACCAUAAAUUAUUUUUAACAAUUCUUGCUAUCUCUUCUAACUGGAAGGGGUUUUUCUCCCCCCCCCCCCAGUUUUCUGUCUGAAUGCUUCAUUUUCAACUGGUGAUUUAUACUUCAAUAUUUACUUUAUGCACUAUAUAUAUAUAUAUAUACAAUAAAAACCCAGAUUUUAUUUAACUAACUGGUAUUAUGAUGAAAUGCCGACUAUAUGUAUCUUAUCCUGACCAAACCCAACAAAAGGGAUGCUUCGUAUUAUGUAUAUAUAUAAAAGAAUACUGCCCAAUGCAUACAUGUAAAACUAAAACAGUAUAUAUUCUUAUAUUAUCAUGUAUAUUUUAAGCUUUCUACUUCUUCUCCUAUUCACCUUCCCCAAUAUCCUUUUCCAUCUUUUAUAAACGAAUUUUGAAGAGGAUGAUCGCCUGAAAUAAUAAAAAAGAUAUAUUUUA